AAUAUGCUUUGGUUUCACGUUUCCCUGCUGCUUCAGGCUACUUUCCUCUGUACAGUUUCCUCAGAGAAGAUUCUGGCAUGGCCAGCUGAUGCAAGUCAUUGGUUGAACUUAAAACUAAUCCUUGAGGAGGUUGCAAGUAGAGGUCAUGAAGUUACUGCCCUUAUUCAUUCAGCCAAUAUGCAAAUGGACAACUUCAAAUCUUCACCGGUAAAAAUGGAAAUUUUUCCUGUUCCAUUCACAAAAGAGAGGAAUUUAAAUAUUCUGAAUGAAUUUAUUCAACUGUGGGUGUAUGAUACACCUUAUAUCUCCUAUUGGGAGUUCUAUGUACGUACAAAAGAACUACUGAAAGAUGCAGUGGAACUUCAAAUGUACACUUGUGAUGGUGUAGUGAAGAAUAAAGACCUACUGUACAAACUACAGAAUGAAAAAUUUGAUGUCGUUGUUGCUGACCCACUAGUUCCUUGUGGUGAGCUUAUAGCUGAGAUUCUUGGUGUGCCUUUUGUUUACACAUUCAGGUUUUCCAUGGGUAACUCAGUGGAAAGACUCUGUGGCCAGCUCCCAUCUCCAUUUUCCUAUGGCACCAUGGCAGAACUUAUUGAUAGGAUGUCCUUUGGAGAAAGGCUGGUAAAUACCAUACACUACCUGUUUCAGGAUUUACUAUUUGCUUUAUUGUUUCAAUGGCACUGGGAUGAAUAUUACAGUGAGGUACUGGAUGCAAGUCAUUGGCUCAACUUACGAUUAAUCCUUGAAGAGCUUGCACAUAAAGGUCAUGAAGUUACUGCACUUGUCCAUUCAGCCAAUAUGCUAAUUGACCACAACUUACCUUCAGCUUUAAAAGCUGAAGUUUUUCCUGUUGCAUUCACAAAAGAGACGUUUCUAACACUUCAGAGGGAUUUUUUUAAUUUUUGGAUCUAUGGCGUACAUAAUAUGUCCUAUUGGGAGUUAUAUGAACAUCUGAAGGUAGCAGUAGCAAGCUCGUUGAAGCUACAAAGAGACACUUGUGAUGGUGUUCUGAAGAAUAAGGAGCUCAUGUAUAAACUUCAGAAUCAAAAAUUUGAUAUUGUUGUUGCAGAUCCUGUAGCUCCUUGUGGUGAGCUGAUAGCUGAGAGUCUUGGGGUGCCCUUUGUUUACUCUUUCAGGUUUUCAAUGGGUAACUCACUGGAAAGGCUCUGUGGGCAGCUUCCAUCCCCAUUCUCUUAUGUACCUGGUGCUAUGACUGCAUUCAGUGAUAAAAUGUCCUUUGGACAAAGGUUGGCAAAUACUGUGUUGUAUGCCUUUCAAGAUUUAAUAUUUUCUUUGGUGUUUCAAAAAAAUUGGGAUAAUUACUACAGUGAGAUACUAGGUCGUCCUGCAAAAGUUUGUGAAAUCAUGGGGAAAGCUGAAAUUUGGCUGAUUCGAACAUACUGGGAUUUUGAAUAUCCACGCCCAAUUCUACCCAACUUUAAGUUUGUUGGUGGCCUUCAUUGUGCUCCAGCAAAACCCUUACCAGAGGAAAUUGAAAAAGUGGUCGAGAGCUCAGGAGAGCAUGGCAUUGUAGUAUUUUCCAUGGGCUCUAUGAUUAAAAACUUUUCUAAUGAGAGAACUAAUAUCAUUGCUGCUGCACUGAGCCAACUGCCACAGAAGGUGCUGUGGCGAUAUAGUGGGAAGAAACCAGAUGCAUUAGGGGAAAAUACAAUAACAUAUGAUUGGAUACCACAGAAUGAUCUUCUAGGACACCCAAAAACAAAAGCUUUUAUAACUCAUGGAGGCACAAAUGGCAUAUAUGAAGCAAUUUAUCACGGAGUUCCUAUUGUCGGUAUUCCUCUGUUUGCUGAGCAGCCUGAUAACAUCGUUCAUAUGAAAUCCAAAGGCAUGGCAAUAAUGCUAGAUUUCAACAAAAUGGGAACCCAGGACUUGCUAGACGCAGUUAACACAGUAAUUAACAAUCCCACAUAUAAAGAAAAUGCCAUGAGGUUAUCACGCAUCCAUCAUGACCAACCAGUUAAGCCGCUAGACAGUGCUGUCUUUUGGAUAGAGUUUGUAAUGCGCCACAAAGGAGCCAAGCACUUAAGACCUGCCUCCCAUGAACUGACAUGGUACCAGUACCACUGCUUGGAUGUUAUAGGUUUCAUGUUUGUUUGCCUGUUUCUGUUUUUUUACAUCACUAUUACAUUCCUUACAUUUUGCUACAAAAAAUGCUGUAGGACCACAAAGGAGAAGAACCAAUAAGGAAAAUAAAAUAUCAGUCUUCAGUGCAGGAUACUGAUAGCAAUUUUAGUAGCUAUUCUAUGUUAUGUUUGCACUGAUCCCAUGAAAGAUACUCAUGGAAUGUUGCUUUCUCUGUAAUUUCUGCAAAAACUUACAGGCCGUCACUCAAAUUUGGGCCUAAAAUGUCUUUAUUGCAGUUUAGGAUUUUAAUAAAUAUUGAGUAGGACAAAAUGAGGACACUAUGAGAAGUCUUUUUUUACAGGCCGACAUUUUUAAAAAUGUUUAGACACAUGAGCUUCAGCUACACAUUUACAGAUUUUGUGUCUAUUGAUUACAGUGCAGGCCACAAAUGGAACUUGGGUGGUCGUACAAACUCUUAUACAGAUUUACACUUAGGGGGAGAUUUACUAAUCCACGAAUCCGAAUCGCGAAAGGGAAAAAAUCGGAUU